AUGGCUUUUCAAAUCGCCUGGGCCAUUCGCACCUGCCACGACAAGCGCAUUGCCCACUUAGACAUCAAACCCGAAAAUGUUCUCGUAAACGAACGCGGCCAGCUGAAGCUGGCGGACUUUGGCUUAUCGGCCCACAUUGGCGGCGCCCACAGAAAGAGGGGGGUUUCCAUCAACAGAGGAACUUGCGAUUACUUUUCCCCUGAGCAGUGUCUGGCUCGGAUGCGCUGCAUGGCUGCUGAGCGUCGGCGGCAGCUGCAGCAGCAGCAGCAGCAGCAGCAGCAGGCUUCGGAGCCUCCGACUGAGCAGCAGAAGCAGCAGUUGCUGCUACUGCAGCAGCAGCAGCAGCAGCUAGCAGAGGCCCUCAGAAACGCCAGCAGCGGCAUCGGCAGCAGCUUUGACGAAAAAAGUGAUAUUUGGAUGCUGGGGAUUUUGGCCUUCGAGUUGUACUUCAAGGCCCCGCCCUUUGGCUCCCAGUGCAUGGUGCAGGAGGAAGAGGUGAUGCGCAACAUAACUUCGAAGGCCUGGCCAGACAAAGUAGCAGCAGAAGCAAAAACAAAUCCCAAAAUUCGAGACAAGCUCAACAGCAUGUCCCCACACUUCAAGUCAGCAGCAGCAGCAGCAGCAGCAGCAGCAGCAGCAAGUAUAACAGAAGAAGUAGCAGCCGCCGUAGCAGAAGAAGCAGCAGCAGCAACAGUUACAACCAAAGAAGCAGCAGCCGCCUUAGCAGGAGCAGCAGGACCAGCAGCAGCAGCAGUAGUUGUAGCAGAAGCAGCAGCCGCCUUAGCAGAAGGAGCAGCAGCAGUAGCAGCCGCAGUUACAACAGAAGUAGUAGCAGCUGCCGUAGCAGCAGCAGGAGCAGCAGCAUGA